CCACCUCUUUAUUUGGCAGGCUCACAAUGCACUGUUUAUUAUUUGCUGUUUAUUGAAAGUAUUCAUCAGUCAAAUGUCAGAAGAGGAGCUGCAACUUCAUUUUACUUACGAGGAAAAAGCACCAGGCUCGUACGAGUGCGAAGACCUCAUAGAAGAGUUGCUGUGUUGCCUCAUCCAGCUCAUUGUUGAAAUUCCCCUCUUAGAUAUCACGUACAGCAUUUCCUUGGAAGCUGUGACAACCCUCAUCGUCUUCCUCUCCUGCCAAUUAUUCCACAAAGAAAUUCUACGAGAGAGCAUCAUUCACAAAUACCUGAUGCACGGUCGAUGUCUCCCAUAUACCAGCAGACUUGUGAAAACUUUACUCUAUAAUUUCAUUCGACAAGAAAGAAGCCCUCCUCCAGGGACCCAUGUCUUCCAGCAGCAGACGGAUGGAGGAGGACUGCUUUACGGAAUCGCAUCUGGGGUGGCAACUGGCCUGUGGACGGUCUUCACGCUAGGUGGAGUGGGGAGUAAACCAACGCCGCAGCUGGAGCAGUGCUCCCCUCUAGCAAACCAGAGUCUGCUGCUUCUCCUGGUCUUGGCCAAUCUGACCGAUGCUCCAGAUACGCCCAAUCCCUACAGGCAAGCUAUUAUGUCCUUCAAGAACACGCAAGAUAGCACUGCUUUUUCAUCAUCAAAUCCACACGCUUUCCAGAUUAAUUUUAACAGUUUGUACACAGCUUUGUGUGAGCAGCAGAAAUCUGAUCAAGCGACUCUUCUUUUAUACAUGCUUCUGCAUCAAAACAGCAAUGUACGGACGUACGUGUUGGCACGAACGGACAUAGAAAAUCUUGUUCUGCCGAUUCUUGAAAUUCUGUAUCACAUUGAAGAAAGGAAUUCGCACCACGUUUACAUGGCUCUUAUCAUUUUGCUGAUCCUUACAGAGGACGAUGGCUUCAACAGAUCCAUUCAUGAAGUGAUAUUGAAAAAUAUCACUUGGUAUGCCGAGCGUGUCUUAACAGAGAUCUCACUUGGGAGUCUCCUGAUCCUAGUCGUGAUAAGAACCAUCCAGUACAACAUGACACGGACGAGGGACAAAUACCUUCACACGAAUUGCCUGGCAGCCUUAGCGAAUAUGUCAGCGCAGUUCCGCUCGCUUCAUCAGUAUGCUGCUCAGAGGAUUAUCAGUUUGUUUUCUUUGUUGUCUAAAAAACACAACAAAGUGUUGGAGCAAGCCACGCAGUCCUUACGAGGUUCCCUCGGUUCAAAUGACUCUCCGCUUCCCGAUUAUGUGAGUAUCAAACUUAACGUUUUUAGUAAGCGCUUCAAAAUAGAAGUGGCACAUCCCAAAAUCUGCAAAGAUUUAUCAAAAUGUGGGACGGCUAAGGAACCACCGACACCAAAAUACAGGAACCUGUAUGAAUGA